UUUUCAGCUUAACAGAAAUCAGCAAAAAUUCUGUGCUGCAAGAAAAGAGAGGUCAUGUCAUCAGAAGAUGAUGCUGGUGGGGAGGCUCCUGGGGGCAGUUUCUGGGAGGCUGGGAACUACAAGCGGACGGUGAAGCGCGUGGAUGACGGGUACCGGCUCUGCAAUGACUUGGUCUCCUGCUUCCAGGAGCGAGCCAAGAUAGAGAAGAACUAUGCCCAGCAGCUCACAGAGUGGUCCCGUAAGUGGAGGACCAACGUGGAGAAAGGUCCCCAGUAUGGCACUCUGGAGAAGGCCUGGCAUGCCUUCCUGACAGCUGCAGACAAGCUGAGUGAGAUCCACCUAGCUGUCAGGAACCACCUGGCCGGGGAGGACUCGGACAAGAUCAAGGCCUGGCAGAAGGAGGCCUACCACAAGCAGAUGAUUGGAGGCUUCAAGGAGACAAAGGAGGCAGAGGAUGGGUUUCGAAAGGCCCAGAAACCCUGGGUGAAGAAGAUGAAAGAUGUGGAAACUUCUAAGAAGAACUACCAUGCAGCCCGGAAGGAGGAGAAGACAGCCCACACAAGGGAGAACCACGCCAAGGCAGACUCGUCUGUCUCGCAGGAACAGCUACGCAAGCUGCAGGAGCGUGUAGAGAAGUGCACUCAAGAGGCUGAGAAGUGCAAGGAUCAGUACGAGAAGAUGCUGCAGGACCAGACCCGCUACACCCCCCGCUACAUGGAGGACAUGGAGCAGGUCUUUGAGGGCUGCCAGGAGACGGAACGCAAGCGACUCUGCUUCUUCAAGGAGAUGUUCCUGGACCUGCACCAGCACCUCAACCUCUCCACCAGUGAAAGCUUUCAUGCGUUGUAUCGAGAUCUCCACCAAGUCAUCAUGGCUGCAGACAACCAGGAGGACCUGAAGUGGUGGCGCAACACCCACGGACCAGGCAUGGCGAUGAACUGGCCUUGCUUUGAGGAAUGGUCCCUUGAAACACAGAGGCCAAUCACCAAGAAGGAGAAGAGUGGCAAGAUGGCUGAUGAUGUCACCCUGACCAGCAUUUUGCCUACACGGGACGGUGUUGUCUCACAGACCCCUCUGCAGACCAGGCAAAGCGGAGGGAAGGAGGACAUUUCGGAGUGGUCAGAUGAGGACACUCCCAAGAAGUGCCUGGAAGCCAAUGGGCACGAGGAGGACAUCAAGGUACCGGGCGUUCGGGUGCGAGCGCUCUACGAUUACACGGGACAGGAGGCUGAUGAGCUGAGCUUUAAAGCAGGUGAAGAACUAAUGAAGAUUAGUGAGGAAGAUGAGCAGGGCUGGUGCAAGGGCCGACUUCUGACGGGCCAAGUUGGACUCUAUCCUGCUAACUACGUUGAGAUGGUUGGAUCAUGAUUGCUGCUGCCCUGCUUAGAGCCAUGCCAGCAUCUCCUGCAGUGGUCACAGGCUCACUGCUGGCCCUAAUCAUCUUUGCCAUAUAUCCAGCAACUUCUGGACUUUGAGGGCACAUAUUCCACAUCACUAAUGCUUCAUUUUAAAUGCCUAGACCUGUAGGGAUUUUCUAAUGAAUAAAAAAAGGAUGAGUAAAG